AGGUACUCAAAGCGUAUUGAGCUCAUCGGACCGAAGAUCUACUUAGCCGGUCCUGCAUCCUGUGAAUUCAUUGGUGAUGCCAUUAUUAAAAAAAAAUCCAGUUUGGAAACCAGGAGGAGAGAUCUUUGUGAAGUAGUACGUUACGAUCCAAGCAUGAGUCAAGAAGAAGAAAGCAGCAGCAGCACUGAUGAUGAAAGAAAUGUCGAGGAUGAAAGGGAAGGUGCGGACCAAGAAGAUGAUGGUGGUGCGGGAGAGGAAGAAAGCCAGCACUUUACGGACGAAGAUCCAGCGUCGAGCCAACCGGAUACCAAGUCUCUCCUGAUCAUGGGCAAAGUAAUGCGAGAACUCACCAAGGCCAGGGAAGCCUUUGAUGAUUACGCCGACCGUGACACGGAUGGUCAGCCACAACAGAGCGCAGUAGAAAGAAUCAGCCGAGGACGUCUCCUCUUCUUCAGAACAAAACCCACAGGAAGUAGCAGUGACCACAGUGAAGAUGAAGAAUCGGUGGUGGAACAAGAUUCAUCCCGAAUUGGUGAUGAAUCCUUGGUCUCUCAUAAUGAUGUGUCCAAUCACACUGCAGUAGCCAGAUCUAUUGGUGUGGGAGAUUCCAAUGAGGUUGCUACUUCUGUGAGAGAUCUAUUGGAAGAGCCAAUCCCUCACGGAGCCUAUUCUGUGACCCGGCUCAGCAUUUCCACUGCGGAGGAAUCCAAUGCCAACCUCAUUGAUGACACAGACUAUAGUGAACCAAAUCGUCCUUUGCCAGCUGUACCAGACGAUCCAGAGUCGGGCUUGGCCAGAGCCACCCGAGUCCCAGACACCCCAGUCACAUUCCCCCAACCAGAGCUUGAACACACCUCCUCAGAGCGUGCUUUCUCAGAGCCCCCCUAUAAAACUGGUGGUUGUUUCGUAGUUGUCCUGGUUGUGCUGGCAGUUUGUGCUAUUCAUUUCAUCAUCCGCCCAACACCUGAGAUACCAGUGGGAACCCAAUCACCCGCAGGAGCACCAACUUCAAGCUCUCCAAGAGACAGAGCCUAUCUACUUUCGUUGCUGCCUGACUAUACCAUCAAAGAGAUCCACUUUGACACUUACGCCAGGACAUUUUUCUUCCCAUCAUUGGUCUCUCCUCAAACCAAGGCAUUCAUCUGGACUAUCAACGACCCGAACUUCGACUACUAUGAAACAUGGCAGCUAAAGCAGAGGUUUGCACUUGCCUGCUUCUACUAUGCUACAGGAGGAGAAACAAGCUGGAAAUCGACAGAGAAUUGGUUGUCAUACAAGUUCAAUGAAUCUGAUUGGUACUCCAAUCAUACGGUUGGAGGAGAAUUGGAUUGGCACGACCUCCUUUACCACCACAAGUAUGGAAUAUUUGAAGAAACAAGCCAUCAGCUGAAUCAUCUGUGGCUUGUCAAUAACAGCCUGGAGGGAACUAUACCUCCAGAGUUGUCUCUCCUGACGUCUCUAAGGUCAAUAGAUCUCAGUGCCAAUCCAAGGCUGAGGGGCCCCAUCCCUUCGGAGAUUGGCAACCUUCAUCGGCUUGAAAUUCUGAUGUUCUCAGAAAAUACAAUGACUGGCGAGCUACCUACGGAGCUUGGCCAACUCACCAAACUCCUGAGUCUUAAAACAGAGAAUAACACCUUCCAUGGCACAAUCCCAUCCCAGCUGAGCAUGCUGAAAAACAUGACUGUGUUGGAGUUAGGGUUCUCCGGGCUUGGGGGGCAAAUACCAUCAGAACUCGGUCUUAUUACUCCCUUGGGCAUCUAUUUUGAAGGAAAUGAGCUGGAAUCCACGAUUCCAACAGAGCUGGGACUCACCAGUGAUCACAUUCUAAGCCUCCAUUCUAACAUGCUCACCGGCACAAUUCCUUCAGAACUGGGCAUGCUUUUGCAAGAUACCAUGUUGUACAAACCAAAGUUUUUUGCUUUGCUGGAGGAGAAGGCUCCCAAGGGUUAUGAUAUCACUGGUAAAGAGGCUCUUCUGAACAUUGUGGCGGGUGUACUUCAAUUGGGUUUAAAUGGUGUUAUGAUGUCUCAGAACUUGCUAACGGGAUCGAUUCCAACUGAAUUGGGAAGAUGUGCUGAGGGUGUUCGGCUGGACCUUGCUCAAAACUCCCUGACUGGGGCCAUCCCAAGUGAGCUGGGUUUACUAUCUAACCUACUCUGGCUGUUUUUGAGUGAGAAUCAACUGCAAGGUCAGAUUCCUUCAGAGCUUGGGCUCCUAUCGAAUGCAAAGUACCUUCUUUUGCAUCAAAACGAUCUUACCGGGAGUCUUCCACAUGAAUUGGGGUCUCUUAACUUGACUGGCCUGACAAUCAAUUCAACUGGUGUCACAGGAACCAUUCCUGAAGAGCUGUGUGACCUGGGCAGGUGGAAUAUUUCUUCAUGGGAAGGUCUAGCAUUUGAUUGCAGUGAGGAUCUCUGUGGAUGUAGUUGGUGUCCUUGUACAAUUGUUUGAUCACCCCAAAUACCCCUACCGUAUCCUUGCACAGUCUCCUGGGACACCAAAGACGGCAGAACGUGUAGGGGGCUAGGAGAGUUGAUUUGUAUAGGAUAGUUUGUUUUUUAUACCCAUAUCCCCUACACCAGCAAGGCCUACUAGCAAUCGGUACGAGAAUAGAGAUUGGGAUGCUUUAUGGAAGCCAUCAAAAGAAGCGCAGCUGGCAACCAAAACGAUAAACGAAACUCCUUUUGUUUGCACCCAGCACAGAAAGGAGGAAAGAACCAACUGUUGGGCCUGCGUUAGCACAGGCUACUGCACGGUACCGUAGCCAAGCCAUCACGAUCGAUCGAUGACGCAGCCGUCCCACGUCCCACUACUCCCACGAGCGAUGCGCCAAGAAUGGCAGAAACUGCUGGGCUUUUCAGAGCGCCCGUUCCGCCCUCCCUUGACGCCGCUAGCUAGCAAGAAAUUCAUCGCAGCAGUUAGCCAGGAAGUGUCGCCGCAGAAUGAAGUCGUUUUCUUCAAAGCACGAAAUACGCAAAAGAAGUACACUCCUCUUGAUGCAUGGAUCGUUUUCUCUCUGUGGCUGUGCGCCUACUAGUCUAUGAUACUUGAAAACCAGUGAGUGAAGGAAAACGAGGAGUGCUUCUUCGCAGCCAUCCACUCGUUGCCUUGACUUGCCUCGCCUCGUCCUUCUUUUGUCAACAAUUGACAGAAGAAGAAUGAUGAUGGUUUUCAUUCUUCGAACCACCGGUUAGUUGCCGCGACCGCUCAUGCAACUUCACAGCUCGCUCCUUGCUUGAGCCAAAGAGCCAAAGGAAACUUCUUCGUUUUUGCAAGGGACACCCUAUUUUGACUCCCGCAGCUCUCCCCGCUCCACUCCAUCCGAUCUUUCGACAGCAUGACCAGAAGGCGAUCACUGAGAAGGCUCUGACCAAAACUUGCGUCGGGGUAUUCUCAAAAAAACGCUUUCUAAAGCAAGAACUUCCAUGGACCUGUUCUGUGGCAUGUCGGCUGCAUUGUCACUGUUAAACAGUCGCGCGUCUUUUUACUUCUGCAAAGGUUGCGAUGGAGCAUUGUUGUUAACAUUCUUGGUGUGGCCAUCGAGCAUCAAACGCACAGAGAACAAGCUUUGGGGCUCCCAAGACCUAGAUCAAGGGCCUUCUCCAGUUAUCAGCUUCAACAGAAAGAUCAAACUCUGUCUUAAAGAUGUUCUUUAUUUAGCAAGCCUGCUUCUCUUGCAGUGACAAAGUUGUUAUGAGCAAGAGCGAGCAAGUCAUGAGCAUUUGGUUGAGGGUUGAGGUUCCAUUCCCGGGAAUACAAUUCUAAGACCAGCAAGAUCACAGCGGACUAUUCUCCAGCAGUAAAGCCUAGAACCCCUUUUGCUGCCAAUCCUUCUAGAUUUCUCCGGCCUGCUUGGGAUUUCUAAGACUGCCCCCUGCGACUACCUCGAGAAAUCAAAGAACAGAGAGGCAAGUUGAAGAAGGGAAGUCGUCAACCAAUGCGAACGACAAAAUCGAAAAAGAAGUGUUUUGGAUUGAAGGCUCACAAUCUGUCGCCUCACAAAGCAACCAACAAGCAAACCAACAACACCAACUGCUCAGCAGACUCUCUCUUUGGAAUCUUUUUCUCUCUCUCCUUCCAGAAAUCCAGUCAAUCAUGUGCCGCCCUCGUACUAGUACAUCCACCACCGCCAUCAUGACUCUCGGACAACCUCAAUCGAUGUUGCUCGCCCCUCCCAAGCAGCCCAUGAUCCAAGCUACCGCUUCCAAUACCGCCAAGGGCAUGAUCAAUAACGAACCACCUCUGUACUGCCAGCCCGUGGAGACCCCGCUAGCACGGGCACUUGCCUAUGAACUCCUUGAGGAAGAAUGCUGCUGUCCUCGAUGGGUACCCCUCUGUGUCUGUGCUUUCCUCGCACCUCUCUCCUUUGCCGGACUGUAAGGCUGCUUCUGAUGCUGUUGCACUCAUGGAGUCAAAAAGACCCCGGCCCGGGUCACACUGCAAGAUGACCUCUUCACGCCUGGACCACACAAGCACCAGCAAAAGAAUCCCCUUCCAAUAGUUGUGCAUACAAUGAGCGCACUUCCAACACUUCAGGGGCAUCCCCGCUGAUUCGAAUCGAAUCCAGCAGCUCACUCACCCCUUAUCCGGCCGCAAUGGUCCGGAUCCGCCAGAUGCCCUCACACAAGCCGCUUUUCAAUCGGACAACACAAGCCCCAAAGCUGCACUCGCUACUAGCAACUAGCUAGACCACAUUCAAUCAAUCAAAACACCACUUUAACCAAUUUAGCAAUCAAAUUAUCUCCUUU